UAACACCUCCUGCCAAAGCCACCCUGCGCCGGGGCUGCAGGGCCAUGGGGUCAGACAGUCCAGUCCCGCCUCCACGGCUUCCAACUUCUGGGUCCCCUUCUGUGGGCACAGCCUGGCACCUCACCUGACGGCGCUACAGUGGCGGCCUCCUCCCACCCCCUGAGGGGACCGGGGAGCCCCUCGGCGCCGGCGCCAACAGUCUCCUCCCCCGACGUCCUGGGAGCCGCAGCCCCGCCUGCUGCAGGCCUGGGCCGGACGCGCCGUCGGAGGGAGCGGCAGAGCCAUGGGGAAGAAGCGCGACGCCAUCCUGGACGCGCUGGAGAACCUGACGGCGGACGAGCUCAAGAAGUUCAAGCUGAAGCUGGGGGCGGCGCCGCUGCGCGAAGGCUUCCGCCACAUCCCGCGGGGCGCGCUCGGGGCCGCUUGGACGCCGUGGAACCACCUCACCGACAAGCUGGUCGCCUUCUACUGCGAGGACUACGGCGCCCGAGGUCACCCGAGGGCGGUGCUGCGCGGCAUGGGCAUGCAGGAAGGAGGCGGCGCCGGCUGGCGGGGCGCCCCCGUGAAGUUCCCCGGCGCCCGGCCGGCCCUCGGCCCACUGCCUGAGUCUCGGAGUCCGGGCCGGAGAAGGGCAGUGCUGAUGCGCGGGGGCUGGGACCACGCUGAAGCCCGCCGACCCGAGUCCUGA